AAUUUGUCACCAAUUAAAACCCACAUGCAGUUAAACCCCAUUCUACACCUCUAGUUUUCUUUUUGAGUCCAAAAACAAUAGCUUUUAAUUCUUCGCAAUAAAAAAGCUAGAAAGAAGUAAAAGAAUCAAGAAAUAAAUACUCACUUGGUUCUGCACAUUCUUUGUCUUCUUUAAAACCAAGAAAACAGGAGAAGACGGUAAGUGUAUAUUCUUGGUGCUAUUAACCGAAAAAGCAGUUUAGUUUUGGUUGUUAGUUUCCAAAAGUGGAAAAGAAAUGUCUACUGAGGUUAUGUAUACCUUAGAAAAAGAUAAACAAGAUAUACAGAAGCAGUUGGGAUGCAUGAAUGGGAUUUUUCAGCUCUUUGAUCGGCGUUACCUACUUGGCCAACGCCGCAACCAUCACAAGAAGCCACUUCAAGGUAAAAGUGUUACUCACAACAAAUUCAACAAUGCAUCAUCUAAAUUUAAGGAUCAGGGCCCGAAUACGGUCAUAAACGAAAAACACAGAGAAUCGGUUGAAUCAUCAAGAAACUCAUUUUCAUCUACGUGUUCAUCUUUUGAUUGUUGUAAACGAGUACAACCCGAACCAUCCUCAUUUUGCCCAAGCAUUGUUUCUGAGCCCGCGUCUCCAACCUUAAACAAUAAACACAUUUUGUGUCUCGCGCCAGUAGAUAAUAUUAGAGAUGUAGUCAAGGACUCAAUGACUAGAAAGCCUCGAGCGGUGCCAGUUAAACCUGUUGCAAAAGCCGGACAAAAGGGUCCUACAAUGACACAUGUCGAUUCCCCAAGGCUUUUACAACCACCCCCGAAGCCCGUUCCAUAUGAAAGAAGAGAUCAAAACCUUGUUAAGCAUAAGGAAACUUCUGUUCCAGUUUCAAUGGGAGUAAAAGAUGUAAAGGAGACAUCAAGAUUCUCAUAUGAUGAUCGUGUAUCACCGUAUAAGUUACAAUCAUAUGCAAAUAUCAAAGACCACCCGAGGCUAUCCUUGGAUAGUCAGAAAAGUUCUAUCAAGCAUAAUGCAAAUGUCACCCGUGAGCCCGGAAGUAACAAACCACCACCAUCAAGUGUAGUGGCGCGGUUAAUGGGACUAGACGUUAUAAACUGUGAAGCGUUGAAGAUUAAACCCUGUCUAGAUGAUAAAACUAUUAUAGUUUCCAAUGCAUUGACAAGAAUUCCACUAGAACCAGCUCCAUGGAAACAGGAAGUCGAAAAACGGGCCAAUGUGAAAGUCAAACAGCGGCCUGAUCACGCCUGCCAAUCUGUUUAUGAUCAUAUUGAACAAAGGCUGACCGAAGUCGGGUUUAGAACAUCUGGUAAGGAUCUUAGAGCUCUUAAACAUACACUUGAAGCAAUGCAGAAGACAAAGAUGAAGUUAGACAAUACACAGCCCCAUAAAAGUGCUAUUAAACCAGCCACUCUAACUUCAGAUUCCAUUGUAAUCACAACUCUUCAAAAAGUCAAGAAAGUCAACCCUGGCAGGGGACAUGGAAGAAACUUAACACCUGCAGGAACAAAAGCAACUGGUAGGACUAAACAACAAGUGUCAUCUUCACAUACAACAGACUGCUUAACUGGAGUGAGCCCAAAACAUCAGCGGUCAAAGAUCAGAAAGCAAUUGAACGAACAUCUGAUCGUAUCUAGCUCGAAAAUAAGGGACCGUUCGUUUAGGGAUGCCCGUCAUAUAAGAAACUUGAGUGAAGAAAGUGAUGCAAGUUUUGCUUCACAGAACGAGCCAGACGUCGAUAGCAAGGAUCGAACUCGAGAAACCAAGAAUAAAUUUGCAGAAAGGAUGAUGGGAUAUAAGCCAAUGGCUGAACAACCAAGUCCUGUCUCAGUUCUUGAUGCAUUUUACACAGAAGAUGUACCAUCUCCAAUGAAGAAGAAAUCAUAUGCUUUUAAAGAUGAUGAGGAUUCAUGCUUUGAUGAACAAGAAUGGAGUCAAGUUGAUGACUUGACCAGCAGCACAGAACUAAACGAAAAAAAGCUCAAAAACAUUAAGCAACAUGUUCAUCAAAGUGAAUUGCAAGCUACCAUCAAUCCACAUGAAGACCACAUAUACAUCAAAGAAAUUUUAUCCGCCUCGGGUUUAUUAAAAAAUCUCGAUUUUGCCACUACAAUAGUUCAUCUUCAUCCAACAGGCAGCUUGAUCAACCCUGAGUUGUUCAACAUUUUGGAGAAAACCAAAGAAUGCACCUCAAAAUCGGAAAAAAUCAAAAGAAAAUUGAUAUUUGAUACUGUUAAUAAUAUACUUGUCCGAAAACUGUCGCAGACAAGCAAUAGAAAAGGGAAGAUUCUAGAUGCAAAGAAGCUUCUAGAAGAAUUGUGCAUAGAAAUAAAUGAUCUCCAUACUAAUAAAAAGUCAGAAGACUGGGAUGAUGACUAUUGUAAUGAGGUUCCAGCUCUGGUGUUAGAUAUAGAACGGCUUAUUUUUAAAGAUUUGAUUACCGAGAUCAAGAAUGUCGCGGCAUCUGGUUCAUGAUAAGGGCAUCAGUUUAAUAGUACAACAACCUACUAGUGAUAUAAUGUUUCUUUUUCUAAGUAUAAUUGUAAUGUCAAAUGCAUAUAGACUAUAUAUAUAUAUAAACUCAUCGGAUUAGUGAAAUGUGUGUAUAUAUUAUAGUUUGAAAUA